AUGGAAGGAAAGAAGAAAGGAAGAAAAACAGGGAAAAGGAAGGAGAAUGGAAGAAAAAGGGAGAGAGGAAGUUGGAAGCAGAAGGAAGAGACGCCACCCACACCCAUCGCUCCACCUGAGCUUCUUGCAGUUGGUGCCACCUACUUGUGGAUCAAACCAAAUGCCAAUUCCAUCAUCGGUGACGGUCCCAUCAUCCUGAAAGAGGUGGAGUACCGCACCACCACUGGAAACUGGGCCGAGACGCAUGUUGUGGAUGCGCCAACGUACAAGCUCUGGCAUUUGGAUCCAGAUGUGGAGUAUGAGAUUAAGGUUCUUCUGACCCGACCUGGGGAAGGUGGCACUGGACCACCAGGACCACCCCUCAUCACUCGGACCAAAUGUGCUGAUCCAGUCAACGGUCCCCAGAACGUGAACGUGGUGGACAUCCGCGCCCGUCAGCUGACCCUGCAGUGGGAGACCUUCGGAUAUGCAGUGACACGCUGCCACAGUUUCAACCUGACCGUACAGUACCAGUAUGUGUUCAACCAGCAGGAGUUUGCCGCUGAGGAGCUGAUACCGACCUCCUCUCAUUAUACUCUGAGGGGACUCAGGCCUUUCGUGACAGUCAAACUACGGCUGGUGCUGGCCAACCCUGAGGGCAGCAAGGAGAGCGAGGAGAUCGUCAAGCAGACGGAGGAAGAUGUUCCUGGCCCCAUUCCUAUGGAGUCCAUUCAGACAGGCCCAUACGAGGAGAAGAUCUUCAUGCAGUGGAAGGCCCCGAAUGAAACUAAUGGAGUCAUUACACUCUAUGAGAUCACCUAUAAGGCUCUUGGCUCCCUGGACCCCAGCGCAGAUUUGACAACACAGCGUGGCCGGGUCUUCAAACUCCAAAAUGAAACCCAUCAUCUCUUCGUAGGGUUGUAUCCUGGCACCACGUACUACUUUACUCUGAAAGCCAGCACAAACAAAGGCUUCGGCCCACCCGUGACCACCCGUAUUGCCACCAAAAUCGCAGCUCCAUCCAUGCCUGAAUAUGAGACCGACUCUCCUCUCAAUGAGACGGACACGACAAUCACCAUCCUCUUAAAACCUGCCCAAUCACGAGGGGCCCCUGUCAGUGCUUAUCAAGUGGUGGUUCAAGAGAAACGAAAGCAGAAAGUUCGCCGAGCCACUGAUGUGUUGGAGUGUUUCUCCAUUCCUGUUAGCUUCAGAAACGCCUCCAUCUUGAAUUCACCUCACUAUUUUGCGGCUGAACUCCCCCCUGUUAGCCUUGCUGUAGUACAGCCCUUUACUAUAGGAGACAACAAGACUUAUAAUGGCUACUGGAACGCACCACUGUCACCAGCCAAAAGCUACAGCAUUUACUUUCAGGCCUUGAGCAAAGCCAACGGGGAAACCAAAAUCAACUGUGUGCGACUGGCUACCAAAGUGGUAAUAGGUAGGGGACAAAAUACCACGCCCUACAUACUUGUCAUUCCCAGUGAAGGUGCAUCUACCCAGAAUUCCAAUGACAUAGAGCCUGAAAAACAGGUGGACGGCACUGUAAAGAUGGCAGGCGUCAUUGCGGGAAUCCUCAUGUUUGUCAUCAUUCUCCUGGGCGUUCUCCUCACCUUCAAACGCAGAGAAAUCCACACCUGGAGAACUCUAAGUGUGGGAAGAAAUGCAUAUUCCUACUCUUAUUACCUGAAACUAGCUAAAAAACAGAAGGAGACAGCCAGCAGCAGCACGCAGAGAGAGAUGGGGCCCGUAGGCACAGCGGAUAAAAGCACAGGAAAAGUCAGCACAUUACACAAGGAUGAUCCGUUCUCCACCAGCAACCAGGACCUCAACGGAUUCUCCUCCUCUUCUCCAUGCUCCUUCUCCAUCCAGGGUAAAGCCCUCCAGAGUAAAACCCUCCUCAACUCCUACUACUCAGUUUCUAAGGAGCCGGUCCCUGCCACGGCAUCCAUAGAUGGCAGCCACAGUGAGAUGUCCCAGCCCUCGAUGACCAUCCAGACGUACCCAUAUGGAGGCUGCGAGUCGGUGGAGAUGUCCUACCAGGCUGGCCAGUUCCAACCGGCCAUCAGAGUGGCAGACUUGCUCCAACACAUCACCCAGAUGAAGUGUGGGCAGGGUUACGGCUUUAAAGAGGAGUACGAGGGUCUGGCUGAGGGACAAACGGCACCAUGGGAAACUGCCAAGAAGGAUGAAAACCGCAACAAGAAUCGCUACGGCAACAUCAUCGCUUACGAUCACACUCGUGUCCGACUGCAACUGCUGGAGGGAGACCCUCACUCUGACUACAUAAACGCCAACUAUAUAGACGGCUACCACAGACCAAGGCACUACAUAGCCACACAAGGGCCCAUGCAGGAAACUGUGAGGGAUUUCUGGAGGAUGAUUUGGCAAGAGAAUUCUGCCAGUAUCGUCAUGGUAACCAACCUGGUGGAAGUGGGCAGGGUGAAAUGUGUCCGGUAUUGGCCUGAUGAGACCGAGCUGUAUGGAGACAUCAAAGUGACGCUGAUUGAAACGGAGCCUCUUGCAGAAUAUGUGAUCAGGACUUUUACUGUUCAGAAGAAGGGUCACCAUGAGAUUCGAGAAAUCCGGCAGUUCCAUUUCACCAGCUGGCCUGAUCAUGGUGUUCCCUGCUACGCCACAGGCCUGCUGGGCUUCAUCCGCCAGGUCAAGUUCCUCAAUGCUCCAGAUGCAGGACCCAUCGUGGUACACUGCAGUGCUGGUGCUGGAAGAACAGGCUGCUUCAUUGCAGUGGACAUUAUGUUGGACAUGGCAGAGAGUGAGGGUGUGGUGGACAUCUUCAACUGCAUCAGAGAGCUGCGCUCACAGAGAGUCAACAUGGUCCAGACGGAGGAGCAGUAUGUGUUUGUGCAUGACGCCAUACUGGAAGCAUGUUUGUGUGGGAACACAGCUAUCCCAGUGUGUGAAUUCAGAGCCAUCUACUACAACAUCAGCAGACUGGACCCUCAGACCAACUCCAGCCAGAUCAAAGAUGAGUUUCAGACUCUGAAUAUAGUGACACCGCGUGUCCGUCCGGAGGACUGCAGCGUAGGUCUGCUCCCGCGUAACCACGAUAAGAACCGCAGCAUGGACGUCCUCGCGGUGGACCGCUGCCUGCCUUUCCUCAUUUCUGUUGAUGGCGAGUCUAGCAAUUACAUCAAUGCAGCACUGAUGGAUAGCCACAAACAGCCGGCGGCGUUCAUCGUAACGCAGCACCCUCUGCCCAACACCGUGGCCGACUUCUGGAGGCUAGUGUUCGACUACAACUGCUCCACUAUUGUGAUGCUGAAUGAAAUGGAUGCUGCACAGCUCUGCAUGCAGUACUGGCCAGAAAAAGGCUCCUGCUGCUACGGCCCCAUUCAGGCUGAAUUCAUCUCCGCUGACAUUGACGAGGACAUUAUCAAUCGCAUUUUUAGAAUCUGUAACAUGGCACGGCCUCAAGACGGCUACCGUCUGGUCCAACAUUUCCAGUAUAUUGGUUGGCCAGCGUACAGAGACACUCCGCUGUCCAAACGCUCCAUUCUGCAGCUGGUCAGACGACUGGCCAAGUGGCAGGAGCAGUAUGACGGAGGAGACGGACGCACGGUGGUCCACUGUCUGACUGGUGGAGGACGCAGCGGGACGUUUUGUGCCAUCUGUAGCAUCUGUGAGAUGAUCCAGCAGCAGAACAUCGUGGACGUGUUCCACACGGUAAAGACGCUGAGGAACAACAAAGCCAACAUGGUGGAGACAAUGGAGCAGUACAAAUUCUGUUACGAGGUGGCUCUGGAGAGCUUGAAUGCCUUCUGAACGUACGAAAGGUGAAGAAGGGGAAAAAACAUGCAAAGCAAUCUUCUCUUCUUCCUCAGAAUGACAUCUCAUCGUUCAGUCUUUCCUCUGUGCUUCUGUGAUGAGAACAGGAAACUGAAGUUCAACCCUUCGCUGUAAAAUACUGUAUAAAUAAAACAAAACGUUAUUUGCCAUUUCUGUCAAUGUCCAGCAUCAGAGCGUGUAUCCUGGACCGUGAAGUGAUCUUGUACAGUCCUAUUCCUUUUUAGCUAUACGCCUUGAAUGUUCCCCUUCAAUGUAAAGAACGGCGGUGAAAAAAAAAAAGCUUCUUUUUACAUGCCAGCUGGGAAUAACCAAAUAGACUUUCCCUGAGCUCUGUACAGAUUUAAAGAAAAUCGAAAAAAUCAAAACAAAGCUUGAGCGAAUUUGCAGAGAAACGUGAGGAUGGAAAUUUUUGUUAUUCUGAUGAUUUUUGUGGUUCCUCCCUUUGAUGCGUUUUCACUCUGCCUGCUUUCUCUCACACGUACGCCGCUCGCCUGCAGACCAGCGUAAAGAUUCUUCAAAGGUUGGAAGUUUUGGGUAAUAUUUGUUCUAUUGCCGUUUCUGUCUUUUCUUUUCGUGUUUGUUCUUUCUAAAAAUAGACGUUGCCAUUUUGGUUUUGGUUUCUUGAUGUUGGCAGUGAAUGUUAAAGAUUAAAUAUGCAUCUGAAGUAUUUUCUGUUUGUCAUUUGCACUUUAUAUGUUACCUCCCAGGGUGAAUCUCACAAAUAACUACUGUAUAAUGAGAAAUUAUAUUUAGCAUCAAGAUAAUGGAGGCUAUUCUAAGUCAUUCAAUAGUC